GUUAAGAAACAUGGGCCAUGCACCAUUCUUCACCGAAGUAACCUUAAUUGAAACAGGUGUAUAAAAAGCAAACAUGCACUAAGUUAAAUCGUGCAGGGCUUUCGUAAUUAGUGUUUCUUAAACUUAAUGGCAGUGAAUUAAAAUGCGAGCCACCUAAGAAAUAAAAACUACAGUGCGCAAAAUCCAGUUUCACCUUGGGUAGUUUUGCUGCUUUCCCAUUGUUUUUUUGAAUUAUGGUGAAAACGUUGAAAAUAAUUCCUAAAUGGGAAACAUGUAGUUCCAUUAAGGCAGUCAAAAACAAAACGGCACGUUUUCUUUUGCCAAAAGUUGUCAAUUGUUAAAAAUCGAAGAUUGCAGUUCUUCAGACUACAUUUCGGGGUGUUGAUUUCGAUAACUUUUUUUCGUUCUUUUUUUUCUUGUCCCACGCCCGUGACAUGCUGAUUAAUUCAAUUUUCACAUAAUUUUGUUUCACCGAGCUUAAAAUUUACCAUCUUUCAUUCUUUCACCACACAGUACGACAUCGAAAUUGCUGAUCCUCGCAGUAUAUGGCCUCGCUCUCCAUAAGUUCUCCGUAGCUCAAAUGGAUAAAGCGCCCCCCCGGUGUUAAGGAGGUAGUAGGUUCGAAUUCUGUCGGGGACUCAGAUUUUUUCUUUGUCCCACGCUUGUGACAUGCUGAUUAAUUCAUUUUCACAUCUCAUCUCUUGUUAGCUUUUUUAUUCCUUUUAAUUAAGAUAGAUUAGUUAAUGUUUAGAUCUAUAAUUUAAUUUUUGUAACGUAAUACGCAAUUCAGUUUUCGAACUGCUAUGUAUUUAUCAAUUAAUAAACUUCAAACUUCAAACAAUGCCUUUAUUACAAAAUUGUCUUCCAGUUUUAUGAUAACCAUUUUAGAGUGGUUUUCGUUUCAGUGUCGUAAAACCAAAACCAAAGUAAUUACUCUGGCCAAUCACAUAGGACACAGACAAUACAUUGAACCAAUCAAAACUCGAAGUAAUUACAUGUGGCUGACGCAAAGCGCGGGAAAAUGCAUGCGAGCGCGUCACAAUUGGCUUUGGUUUUACUUCUGAUUGGAUGAAAAGGUGGCGCGAAUCUUUUAAGCCAAUCGCAUCGUGUAGAAAGUGCAAAACCAAUUACUUUUCGACACUCAAAUGAAAACCGCUCUAACAGCAGAGUUUAAGUGCUUUUUCACUGUCUGAAAUGUCUGUUAUAGUGCAACCAGCUGUCAUUUUCCACGGCUGGACUGAUUUAAUACCUCUAAACACAUAUGUUUGCUCGGCGGUUUUGGACAAAUUAAUUACUAUAAAUAGCCUGAUGUACAUCUAGCCGUUUUUGAAAACGAAUCUAACAAAAUUUGCAGCCAUUUGAGAGAGCAGGGCCAAAAUAGACUCGAUUUUUGCCGUCUCCUGGGUCCAGUCCUUAAUCCUCCCCAAAGAAAGACGGCCGCUCUUUUGCGGCGGCAGGGGGAGGGGGUGAGUGCGGACAGCGGCUGGUAAUCGAGUCUAGGGCCAAAAGGCAGGUUUUGUGGCGCCCCAUAAGGCAGAAAAUCAAACUAGAAGAGGAUUUUCGGGGAAGUUUUGUAUUUUUUGGUGCGAUUUCGUAAAGCCAUCCAUCCAGAUAUGUGAAAGGCAACUAAAUAAGGCGAGAUAAUGUUCUUACUGUUAGAAAAGUUCAGAAACCUGGGAGAGCUCCCUAGGAUACUAAUCUUAGCGAACGAACUCCGGGAGCAUUUUGUUUACCGUUUGCCAUAAACAUCAUUUUGAAUCUCUCUAUUAUUUUCAUGGAUUUUUAACGUAUGGGGGUAUAAAGAAACAAAGAAUCAGAUUUGUGCAUUGCUAUUAAUGUGUGUAUGACACCAUUUUUUGACGUUUUUAAUCUUAAAUAUGAGUAAAAUAUGCGUCCGAAACCUUACACUCGUCAAAAAUCUGGAAAAACUUUUUUAUUUUCGUCUUCAAAACAAGCAGAUUUGCCUUUAAAAAUGUUCGCCCCACUCUCGCGGCCAAAUUGACACCCCCGCUCAUCUUUGGAAUCUUCAUCAGUUUCUUCUCACGAAAAAAUGGAUUUGCUUCAAAUUUGCUCAGCGCAAAAAUGAUGCAAAUUUGAAGCAAAUCCAUUUUUUCGUCCAGUGAAUUAAAUAUAUAUAACCUGGAUAUAACUAGCCUCUAUAUAACGAUGUACUCGGUAAAAAGGAACGAUUUUCUUUGCCCAAGUAAUAGUAAAAUAAAUGAAACAAAACCUCGAUAUAACGAAACCUCCCUUCAGCAAAAAAUUUUUGCCAGUCUCUUGAGGUUGGCCGUUCAAUAUUUCCACUGUACUUUCGUUUUUCAACAGUCAUAUAAAUCGCUUGAUUCCACAAACAAAAAGCAAUAAUCAGAAUCGGAAGCAAGGCUGAGAAUAUCAAUUAAAGUUACAAGAAAUCCUCAGCCUUUCUUUGAUCCUUUACUGAGUUGCCCCCUGGCUAUGGGACAGUUUCUAAAGGGGAAAAAAGAGACACAUUUUAAGAGUUCAGAAUCGUUAAUUUCCUCCUAAAGACCAAAAUCAGUUAAAAAAAAUUCCUGUUACAUACGCUUUAAAAAGCUCGGUAUAGUUUUCCUGUACUAUACACCUUGAGUACUUGUGAGAAAAUUCUCCGUGUCGCAACUUGCUUUAGUUUUCAUGUAAAUACUUGCUGUUUUCAAAAGCAAAUUUUAGAAAAGGUCUUUUUCACAUCCGUUUGAACUUAGCAUAAAGUUGGGUGAGCUACUCAGGCUUCAUAACGCCGCGAGUCUCAGAAACUAGAACCAAGCGAGGUUUCAUAAAUAACAGUCCGCUAUGUCAAACAUGAACCGGUCAGUGUUUGAUUGCUUACAUUCUCAAGGUUUAAUGUGGGACGUACAUGACACUACUUCUCCUUGGAUUUUUACUGCUGUUUACUCUGUUCUCUCUCCCACUGCAUUUCUUUUGAACCUAUUAGUAAUUAUAACAAUUACGAAGAGGAGAGAACUACAGAGACCUUCCAAAAUCUUGUUAAGAAGUAUGGCUGUUUCGGACCUUCUAGCAGGUGGUAUUAGUAUGCCUCUAUCUGCUAUAAUUGGACUGUUACUUCCCCAUCGAAUACUGACUGAGCGGCAAUUUUGUACGUUUGACUUGGUAAUAUUUUUGUUUUCAUACAUUCUGUAUUUUUGCUCGUUUUUGCAUUUGACAAUGAUCGCAUGGGAGAGAUACAUUGCCAUUCGAAAAUGGAUGGAUUACAAAGUGAUAGUGACCAAAGGCCGCUUGAAAAUGUUGGCGUUGAUAGCUUGGGUAUUAUCCAUAGGAGGCGUAUCUUCAGUCUUCAUUUCAAUGACGGUGGUAGGAGGGGAUGGGUUUCUUUUAGCUGCAGAGAUCUUGGACAUAAUUUCAUCUAUUUUGAUACUUUGUUUGCUAAUAGCCAUUAUAUUUUUUUACGUCAUGGUGUACCUUUCAGUUCGAAAACGUAAAUUACUGUAUUUAUUCGAAUAAGCGCCCUACCUCGAAUUAGCGCCCACCUCGAAUAAGCGCCCAUGCUAAAGGCAGAAAAAGUUAAUAAGCGCCCAGCUUCGAAUAAGCGCCCACCACACCCCACUCCCUCCCACAAUAACUCCAAUAAGAGAUAAUAAGAGACCCUCCCGAAGACGGAGUUUUCUUCAGAGUAUUUUACAGAAACCUUGCUUUGCUACGUCUUCACUUUUUGUUGGUACCAUUUACUGUUUGGUUGCAAAAUAUUCUACUACACUUGCUGAGAAUGGUAAGAAUUUAAUAAGCGCCCAGCCUUGAAUAAACGCCCACCUCGAAUAAGCGCCCACUCUCAAGGUCCAACAAUUUAAUAAGCGCCCAGGGCGGUUAAUCGAAUAAAUACGGUAAGUCAAAUUACGCAAGUCAGCGUGUUAUUAAAAGCGAAACUGGAAAACAGAGUUGCUAUGACGAUGGCUUCGGUAACUGUCGCCCUGGUUAUUUCCUUUAUU